AUGGAGUUCGUGGGGAGAACAGUGAAGAAAAAGUUCAUAGGGUUCGGAAUUUUCUCGGGAACAGUGAAAUCGUACGAUUCCUCAACUGGAUUCUUCCAAGUCGUGUACGAGGACGGCGAUUCCGAGGAGUUGGAAUUAUCUGAGAUCAAUCCUCUCUUGGACGGAGAAGUCGUGGACCAAUCUGGUAUGUUCGAUCUCAGCAUCAAGUGUAAUAAACGGCGUCGUGUUGGUGAUCCAGGUAACAAUUCUGAGAAUUUAGCAAGUAAAAUUGGUCCCAAUGGGGAAAUCAAGAGGGAAAAUGAACUGGGGCGUAACGAAACUGUUUUGGCUAAUGGAAAUUUGAACGGAAAUGAUGGGGUUGAUUUAAAUCAUGGUUUGAAUUUGAAUGAGGUCUUGAAUUUGAAUGAUGGGUUGCUGGAUUUAAAUGAUGUGGUCAUUUUAAAUGAUGGUUUUGAUUUGAAUUUGAAUGAGGAAUUGAAUUUGAACGACGUUGCUAAAGAAAAAUAUGGGUUGAAUUUGAAUGAUGAAGUGAAUGUAAAUGACGGGGUUAAUUUAGAUGUGAAGAGAAGCGAAUUUAUUGAUUUGAAUUUGGAUGUAAUUGAAGAUAGUAAUGGGAGUUUGAUAGAAGGUGAUUCAGUUGGGGGUACACAGAAGAAAGAACAUUGUUUUGACUUGAAUUUGGAUGCUGAAUGUGAAGGACAAUUAAAAGAGAACAACUUUUAUCGAAUGGAUGAAAGUCAGAUAUUAGGUUAUAAUGCAAAUGGUGCUUUCGAGGGAGUUUAUGUUGAAGAUGUUAAAGAGACUUCGGUGAAGAUAUUUAGUGGUCUCAUUGAGAAUGUGUUGGGUGAUGGAAGUCAAAAAGAAGCUGGAAGUUUGAAGAGAGAUGCUUUGGAUGCUAGCUAUGUGAUUGAUGGUGGUUCUUCUGAAACUCCAUUGAAGGGCCUUUCUGAUGCUGGUGCUGCGGCAAGCGAUGGAUAUCCUGUGAAUUUGGGAAGCUUCUCCAAAGGAAGAAGGGGUAGAAAGAGAAGAAUGCUUGUGGACUCUGUGAACUCUUCAACAGAAACAGUGUUGAGAAGAAGUACUCGUAGAGGACGAGCCACUUUUUCUGCUGAAGAUCAUGUUUCUAGUGCAGUAAUAUCCAAUGUAAUCGAGGAUCCAUCGUCCUCUCCUGUGGUUAGUCCAGUUUCAGAUGAAAAACCUGCAGUCUCAGGCCGUGGAGAAUCAGAAGGAUGCUCUGUUCUUCCUCCAAAGCCACAGUUACCCCCUUCUUCAGAAAAUUUGAAUAUGGAGGACAUUCCCAUACUUGAUCUUUUUUCUGUUUACUCCUUUUUGAGGUCAUUUAGUACUUCAUUAUUUUUGAGUCCCUUUACAUUGGAGGAUUUUGUGGCAGCCGUGAACUGCAAGGAUCCUAAUUCAUUGUUUGAUUACAUUCAUAUUUCUCUCUUACAAACUUUGAGGAAGCAUUUGGAUUCUCUUUCUGAUGAAAGUUCCCAAUCAGCUUCUAGUUGCCUUAGGGGUCUUAACUGGGAUUUGCUGGACUUGAUAACGUGGCCAAUCUUUAUGAUUGAAUACCUUUUGCAUGGUUCUGAAUUGAAUCCUGGUUUUGAUCUUUGUCGCUUGAAGCUAUCUGGGAAUGAUUAUUACAAACAACCAGCUGCCAUAAAGAUUGAGAUGCUUCGGCGUCUUUCUGAUGACGUGAUUGAAGUUGACGCCAUAAGGUCAGAGCUUAAUAGGAGAACACUGACAACUGAGCCUAAUAUAGAUGUUGAUAGGAAUACAAAGUUCGAGACUUCCAGGAAAAGCAGGGCUGUGAUGGGUGGUUCUGGUGAUUCUUGCCUGGCUGAGGGGGAGGUAGAUGAAACCAAAGAUGGGAACAGUGAUGAAUGCUGCCUCUGUAAGAUGGAUGGGAGUUUACUGUGCUGCGAUGGAUGCCCUGCGGCAUUUCAUUCGAGGUGCAUAGGGGUUGCAAGUAGUCUCUUGCCAGAUGGUGAUUGGUAUUGCCCUGAGUGUGUGAUUGACAGAGACCGGCCCUGGAUGAAAAUAGGGAUGUCAAUUCGAGGAGCAGAGCUAUUGGGAAUUGAUCCUUAUGGCCGGCUAUAUUUUAGUAGCUGUGGUUACCUGUUGGUCUGUGCAGUAGAAGUGUUAAUAUGUCAUCAAAUGGAGCAGUGUAAGCCAAGCAAUAUGACCACAGGAUGCUUCCCAAGUGGAAUCCUCCUAUUGAAAGUGACUUCAGCUGGAAGCGAGAUUGAACUUAUAAAUACUGCUAAAUUUGGCGAUUCAUCUUUACCUUUGCUAGUGUCAGAUUCAUGCGACACUGGAUACUCGUUCCAUUAUUACCACACAAAUGAUGUGCCUGUUGUCAUUGAAGCUCUACAGCCAUCAAACGUUCUUUAUAGUACAAUAUUAAGUGCAAUAUUCAAGCAUUGGGAUGUAUCUAAUACAAAUAAUGGAGCAAAACGUGGUUUGGACUCCCGGAAUGUCACUAUAUGCUCGGACUUUCUUGUGAAAGGACAAAUGCCUGCUAAUCCUAUGCCGUCACGGCUUUUGGAAGCUUCAGAAUUUUGCAUGAAGGAUGAAAUUGUCAAUACAGGGAAACCCGAAGAAAAGUCUCUGAUAUCCGUGCAUCCUAGUAAUGGAGGAUGUGAGGUCUCAGAGUUGAUUCAUUUCAAUCCAGUCAAUGUGAACCAUUCCAUGACAAUGGAGAGUCUAUUGGCAAGCUCUCAAGGAUCGGCUGAUAUCUCUCAAGCUAUCUCAGGCAUGAAGAAUAUUCAGAAAGAUGGACUGGAAUGUCUGGACAAUUCUGCUGGCAUGUCAAAUGAUUCUGAGAUUCCAGGGAAACCUGUUUGUGUUGGAGACUCUCCUCUUGCAUCUAGCAAUUUAGAGGUUGAACAAGGAAAAAGUAUUCAAUCUGCCACUCAGGGUGGCACAUCUUCCACAAUAACCACAAGAGGGAACAUGUCCCAAGGGCAGAGCGGAGCUAGUUAUGUGAACUAUUAUGUUUUUGCACGAACAGCCUCCUCAGUUGCUGAAGAGUUCACGCGUAAAUCGUCUGGUAAGAUCUCUAAAGAGACUGCAAGAUCAAUUGAGGAUAUUAUUUCAGGACAGCUGAAGACCAUAUCAGAUAUACCUACUGAGUUUUGUUGGCCAAAUAUCAACAAGAUAAAUGCGGAUGCUAGGAAAGAGAAAUGUGGGUGGUGCUUCUCUUGCAGAUUUCCAGAUGAGCAGAGGGAGUGCUUGUUUGUCAUGAAUGAUAGUGGUCCUGUUGUUGAAAGUUUUACGAGUGAGGUAUUAGGUAUUCGUUCAAGAAAAAAUUGGAAAGGUCAUCUUAUUGAUGUCAUGUGCCAUAUCCUUUGCAUUGAGGAUCGUUUGCAGGGACUUCUGUUGGGUCCCUGGCUGAAUCCACAUUACUCCAAGCUUUGGCGAAAAAGUGUUCUCAAGGCAUCUGGCAUUGCCUCAAUGAAACAUCUUUUGCUCACGGUAAGUAUGUUCCAUUUUUUACUUCUUUUGACCUGA